AACAAUUACAACGACGUGGCAAACAACUUUGUAUCGAACUCAAGCAUGAGCAUCCACCAUCGACGAAGUGGUAUGGUCGAUUCAUGCGCCGCCAUCGUCUCUCCCUGCAAAAACCAAAAAGACAACAAAAGGUGCCACUCAAUGAGGCUCAUCUACUUGUCAAUUCAUUUCAUACAUAUAUCAGGCGUGCUAGUACAUGGGCUCCAAAACGUGAUGCUAUGGGUGCCUUCUUACCUCGUGACGUGGUAAACAUGGACGAAAGUCCUCUUAGUUUACUCGGUGACCAAACAAAAUUAUCAAUCAAUGAUGUGAACACAGUAAAUGAAAUUGAAGGUCACAUACCAGACAAACGAUUUUGUACUGUCAUACUAACAGUAUUUGCUGAAGAUAACACUCGUGUGGCUCCAGUUGUCUUGUUCAAAGGAAAAGGUCGGGUGAGGGACAACGAGAAGAUGCAAUAUGCAUCUAAUGUCAAAGUGUUCUUCACACCAAAAGCAUUCAAUAACCGAUCAACAAUGGACAAGUAUAUUAGCUGGUGGUACUCAAAAGUGAACGAUGGACAACCAAAGUUGUUUAUUACGGAUUCAUCGUCUACUCAUUUAAAUGAAGAGACAAUUCGUCUCAUGCGCAAACAACGAGUCGUUGUUGCUGUAAUUCCGAAAGCAUGGUCUCGCACACUGAACAGUAUUGAUCCAAUGGCGUCAUUUCUUGAACUGGGAUACGUGUGGAAGGAUAACAGUCUGGUACGACCUCCAAGCAUACCAGGCUAUUGUUUUGAUCCAACCAGUGUCGAUUAUUCGACCAACAAAGAUCCAAAUAUAGCCGAUGAUCAACGUAUUGAAGAAGAAGCUCGUAAAGCCACAGAACAGCACAAUCGAAAUCUUGACAGGAGUACAAAGCAAAAGACUCUACUAGAUAUGUGGAAAAAAAACUAG